GAAACGGUCUAAUAAAUGAUUCUUUUGAAUUUUGUUUUAUGAUAUAUAUGUAAAUGUUUAUUAAAAUUUUAUAUUAAAUUAUUUUGUGUUGAGUGAUGUCUUACAAAACAGUCAUUGGUGAAAUUAAUAAAGAAAAUGAAUUUAAUAAAAAUAAGCCCAAAACUAUCAAACCUGGUACAAAUAAAAUUAUGCCAAGUUCAAAUUUUCAAAAACUAGCUGUAAAAACUGAAGGAAAACCGGACCCAUUUAAGGCGCCGUUACCUGUUAUGGUAACUAAAAAACCAACAAAUAUCACAUCAAUUCAAAAGAAUGUGCCACAAAGAAAACCGACAAUUGAAACUAAAACUGCAAAACCGGAACCCAACAAUAAUGCAAACAAAUUACAUAUUAAUAAAAAAGAUAAUGAAAAGACUGAAAAAUGUAGUGAAAAGGUAGUUGAUAAAGCGAAUGAAGAAAAAACUGACAAAGUGGUUACAAAACCUGAUCCAAAAAAAGAGGAACCAAUAGGAAAUAAAACUAAAACUCAGUGGCACAUUUCUAGUUUCGAUAUAGGUGCUAAAUUGGGCAGAGGAAAGUUUGGUAAUGUAUACUCUGCUCGUGAAAAAGAAACACGUUUCGUAGUAGCAUUAAAAGUACUUUAUAAAAAGCAAAUUCAAGAAACUAAUGUCGAACACCAAGUUCGUAGGGAAAUCGAAAUUCAGUCUCAUUUGAAGCACCCAAACAUUUUAAGAUUAUUUGGCUACUUUCAUGAUGCAACUAGAAUUUAUCUUAUAUUAGAAUAUGCACCAAAGGGGACUUUGUAUGAUGCAUUAAAGGAACAACCAGAAAAACGUUUUGAUGAGAAAACAACAGCUGGUUAUAUAAAUUCUUUAUCAUCUGCUCUAUUAUAUUUGCAUGAAAGAAAUGUAAUUCAUAGAGAUAUCAAACCUGAAAAUCUACUUCUUGGUCAUAAAGGCGAAUUAAAAAUAGCUGAUUUCGGUUGGUCAGUACAUGAGCCACAUUCGCAAAGAACAACAUUGUGUGGUACUUUAGAUUAUUUGCCACCAGAAAUGGUUAAAGGUGAACCACAUUCGAAAGCUGUGGAUAUUUGGAGCUUGGGUGUGCUUAUGUACGAACUUUUAGUAGGACAGGCACCGUUUCUUGCUACUCAGCAUGCUGUUACCUAUAAUUUGAUAGUAAAAGUAAAUUAUAAAUUGCCGACAUUUGUAUCGAAAGCAGCUGCACAUCUAAUUGAAAGACUGUUAGUUCAGGAUCCAAAUAGGAGAAUGCCACUUGACAGAGUAAUGGCACAUCCAUGGAUAACAAUGAAUGUUAUUAAUUGAAUUUACAAAUAUUCCAGAUUGAUAAAAAAACCAUGUUUUAUUGAAUUUUAAUUGAUUGAUUGAUUAUUUCCUACAAAUUAUAUGAUUAUUACUUAACUAUUAAAAUAACUGUUUCAUUUUGAU